GUCACAUUUAAAUUAGGCCUCUCUGUAUGGCUAAAUUUAUAUUCAUUAUUUAGCGUAUUCCCAUUUUUAUGCAAUAUAAAUACUUAAAUAAAUAAAUAGCCGUGUGAUCUGAAUGAAAUUCAAUGGAGGUGUCGGUUGUAUGAGCCACUGAGCGCCCCCUGGAGGAAAUAAAGUUAAUGUCUUCUAAGAAAAGGAGAUCAGCGAGCAUUAGCCACUCAAACACACCCACAAAAGUGUUGUCAACAAACGCAGAGGACUGUUAAACACGGACAAAAAAGUCGCCAGGAGCUGAAGUCAGUGCAUCUCCUCCUGAACUCUGUCCCAUCAUGGCUCUGUCAGGAUCUCAAACACCGGACGAUGCUUUGCACGGUUCUUGGGUGGAGCUGGAGGGUCUGGUGGCAUCUGCAAGUCAAACAGAAGGAGAAGUAGGAGCACAGGGCACCACAGCCUCCUUCCUGCAGGGGGAGCUGGAGAGGAUUCUGCUGGAAGCUCAGCUGGAGUGUGAGAGGAGUAGUCAAACAGAAAGUCCUCCGCAGGUCGUGACCCCGAGAACAUCUGGAUCUCCCAAACCAGCCAGUGAGGGCAGCAGCAGCACAGAUUGUGUUACUAUACAGUCGGAUGAGAAUGACAGGCGAGUGAGUGCUGAAUGGGUGUGGGAUUGGUCCAGUCGGCCAGAAAACCUUCCGCCCAAGGAGUUUGUGUUUCAUCACCCAAAGCAGUCCGGCUCUCUGAGCGUGAGGAAGACUGAGGUGAUGAAGAGGGGUUUGUUUUCCUCAGACGUGCUCCUCAUCCUCCUACCCUCUCUGCUCGCCUCACACGCUCUGACGCUGGGUCUGGGAAUAUACAUAGGAAAACGGCUGGCAUCCUCCUCCACCAGCACGCUGUGACAUGUGACAUCUGGCAGCUCACUGAUUGGCUGAGACCGCUGCCGCUAGCACUGUAGCCCAAUCACGCCUCUCUUCUCCUCUUGUGAUGGGCAACUGCCUCUUCUGCCACUGUCUGUCUGUCCUGCCGCAAACCAGUCUGUCUGUCUGUCUCUGUGUGUCUCCACAUAUUUAAAGGGGUCAUAUCAUGAGGAAUCGAAGCUUUUCAGAUAAAAGAGCCUGAUGUAUUAUGACAGUAUACUGUUUUAAGGAUAACGUACAUUUCAGAAAUCAAAAUUUUCUUCCCAAGAAGAGCAUUUAUUGAAACAACGCUACAAAAACAACUCCUCCUCACUAAAUGUAUUACAUAUAAAGUUUAUAUCCAUUUGGAUUACACAACAUAAAAAACUGUUAAACUGUUAUUAAUGCAAUGCGUAUUUUUCAGUCAUACGUAAAUGAAAGUGAUAAGAUUACUGCACUCAGAAAACAAACUAUGGUGUAGUUUAACUAUUUGCAUCUAUUUGAUUAUAUUAAAAAAAUGUAUUUUCAAAAUGCAUUUAUUCAAAUUGAUUAGAAUUUGCAUAAACCUGUUCAUUAUGAAAACAAUUAAAUUUAUUUAGUUAAAAGUAUGAACGGAUAAAAUAUGGCUAGCAAUAUUCAGUUAGUUAAAAUGUAUGAGAUUGAAUCAAAUUGGUUUUAUUUAUGAUAAAUAUGUAAACCUGGUUAUGAUUUCAUUUGAUUACAUGUAUGAUUACAUUUCAUUUAUUGGUACUAUUACAGAAAUCUUACCCGUUUGACCUGACAAAUAUACAGUUUAACAGUUUGUUUAUGUUAAAACUCUAGUCCAAAUAGAUGGAAAUUUUAAUAGAUGGAAAAUUCAAAUACACGUCUUAAAUUUAGGCCUAAAUAUUUCUGAUGUCCAACUGAUUAAUAUGUUAUCACAUGACUUUAAAAAAUUAAUUUUUUGUUUGCUCAGAACAGGUUGAAAAUUUUCAGGCAAAGACAACUUUGGUUUUGAUGCAAAAAAAAUAAACCAAUAAACUUUAUUAGCAUUAUAUGUGGUCAUCAAGGGGAAAAAAAGUAUGAUAUGACCCCUUUGCAUCAUUUUAAGACUAAACUGUCCCCAUUUUUUUGUAGUUGUUUCUCUUUUGUUGUCCAUAAAGGACUGUGUCCUUGUGUGUCAGGUGUAAUACAGUUCACUACAGGGAACACAGAAACAGUAAUGCACUGAAAUUUAGCUGAAACAGUGUAAAUGAGGAAAAAAACAACAGUGAGCAAAGCAAAAAAAAAAGUAUUAUUUUACAUCUCAUUCCAAAUCAAAUGCAAGACAUGCAUUCAGGUUGACAGGGUGUUUGUUCUGAGUAUUUGUGGAGCAAGUAAUAUGAUAAAUCUUGUGCUGCACUGUCGUGUUUGCGAUAUAGACCCAUUCCGUGUUGUAUUGUGAAGGCAACUGGAGCUCAUUAGGUUUUCUGGUCAGAUUAAUCUUGUUUGUAACGACUCGACCUCAAUAAAUGUCACUCUCACCA